UGAAUUUCUCUUUCUUGACAUCUUUUAUGUUUCUAUGCAUUUUGCAUCACCCGCUUUCAUUUUUUUUGAAAUCCAACUACAACAGAUUUUAACUUUUUGUUUUUCUUUUACUGGGUGGUGUGUCUCUCUCUGUCCUGAAUUUUUUACAAACCUGCUGUUUUUGAAUUAUUUUUUCCCUUUAUUUUUCUUUCUCAAUAUGACCCCAGGAGCCAACACAAAGAAAAGCGCAGAUGAUAUAACCAGUAAUGAGCGUGGUGACGACGAAGACAUCCACGACCAGAGCAGCAAGAAGCCGGUGAUGGUGUAUAUCCACGGCGGGUCCUACAUGGAGGGGACCGGCAACAUCAUCGACGGGAGCAUCCUGGCCAGCUACGGCAAUGUCAUCGUCAUCACAAUCAACUACCGGCUGGGGAUUUUAGGGUUCUUAAGUACCGGUGACCAGGCGGCCAAGGGCAACUACGGGCUCCUGGAUCAGAUCCAAGCCCUACGAUGGAUCGAGGAGAAUGUCGGGGCCUUCGGUGGGGACCCCAAACGAGUGACCAUCUUUGGCUCGGGCGCGGGAGCCUCCUGCGUCAGUCUCCUGACCUUGUCCCACUAUUCAGAAGGCUUGUUCCAGAAAGCUAUCAUCCAGAGCGGGACCGCCCUGUCCAGCUGGGCCGUCAACUACCAACCUGCCAAGUACACUCGGAUACUGGCGGAUAAAGUCGGCUGCAACAUGCUGGACACCACGGACAUGGUCGAGUGCCUUCGGAACAAGAACCACAAGGAGCUCAUCCAGCAGACCAUCACCCCCGCCACCUACCACAUCUCCUUCGGGCCCGUCAUCGACGGCGAUGUCAUCCCCGACGACCCCCAGAUCCUCAUGGAGCAGGGCGAGUUCCUCAAUUACGACAUCAUGCUGGGCGUCAACCAGGGGGAGGGCUUGAAGUUCGUGGACGGCAUCGUGGACAACGAGGACGGCGUGACCCCCAACGACUUCGACUUCUCCGUGUCCAACUUUGUGGACAACCUCUACGGCUACCCGGAAGGGAAGGACACCUUGAGGGAGACCAUCAAAUUCAUGUACACGGACUGGGCGGACAAGGAGAACCCAGAAACCCGACGGAAGACCCUGGUAGCGCUCUUCACCGACCACCAGUGGGUGGCCCCCGCCGUGGCCACGGCGGACCUGCACGCCCAGUACGGGUCUCCCACCUACUUCUACGCCUUCUACCACCACUGCCAGAGCGAAAUGAAGCCCAGCUGGGCAGACUCAGCCCACGGCGACGAGGUCCCCUACGUCUUCGGCAUCCCCAUGAUUGGCCCGACCGAGCUCUUCAGCUGCAACUUCUCCAAGAACGAUGUCAUGCUCAGCGCGGUGGUCAUGACGUACUGGACGAAUUUCGCCAAAACCGGCGACCCUAACCAGCCCGUUCCUCAGGACACCAAGUUCAUCCACACGAAACCCAAUCGCUUCGAGGAGGUGGCCUGGUCCAAGUACAACCCCAAAGACCAGCUGUAUCUGCACAUCGGCCUGAAGCCCAGAGUGAGGGAUCACUACCGAGCCACCAAGGUGGCCUUCUGGCUGGAACUCGUCCCCCACCUGCACAACUUGAACGAGAUAUUCCAGUACGUCUCCACCACCACCAAGGUCCCUCCUCCCGACAUGACCUCCUUCCCCUACGGGACCCGGCGCUCUCCUGCCAAGAUCUGGCCGACCACCAAACGCCCGGCCAUCACGCCGGCCAAUAACCCCAAACACUCCAAGGACCCUCACAAGACGGGGCCCGAGGACACGACCGUCCUCAUCGAAACCAAAAGGGAUUAUUCCACCGAACUGAGCGUCACCAUCGCCGUGGGGGCCUCCCUGCUCUUCCUGAACAUCCUGGCCUUCGCCGCCCUGUACUACAAGAAGGACAAGCGACGCCACGAGACGCACCGGCGCCCCAGCCCCCAGAGGAACACCACCAACGACAUCGCUCACAUCCAGAACGAGGAGAUCAUGUCCCUGCAGAUGAAGCAGCUGGAGCACGAACACGAGUGCGAGUCGCUCCAGGCUCACGACACGCUGAGGCUCACCUGCCCGCCGGACUACACGCUGACCCUGCGGCGGUCGCCCGACGACAUCCCACUUAUGACACCAAAUACCAUCACCAUGAUCCCCAACACACUGACGGGAAUGCAGCCCCUUCACACGUUCAACACCUUCAGCGGAGGGCAAAACAGUACAAAUUUACCCCACGGGCAUUCCACCACGCGGGUAUAGCUUCGCCGUUUCCUCCCCCUUCCCGCCGACGCCCCGGAGAGCCAGUGGACCCCACCCGACGUCUCCACCCAAGGAAUGUUUUCCAUCCCACCCACUUAGGACAGAAACUCUCUUUCUCACACACACACACACACACACACACACAAGGGCCGUCGGGCGUCCCCGCGUCCCCGGCGGGCCCGCCCGACCCGUUGGCAUUGCCCGGUAGGACAAGACCAACUCCUGACCCAACGCCGACGUGGCCAUCCCAGCGCUGCUCCCCAGCGCUCCUCGACUCCCGCGGACGUUUCGUGGGACACCGCCGUGUCCAGGACCUGGGUGUGUUCCCCACGAAGCGUCCACGAGCCGAGACCUCUGGACCUUAGCCGGGGACACGUCAUGUGGUUUUGUGGUUUUUUUUUUUUUUUGGUUUUCUCUUUCUUUUUCGUUUUUUAAAAUUACAAUUUCAAAAUAAUAAUAAUAAUAAUAAUAAUAAAGUUCUUUAUGUGCCAUAUGCCAGAUGGCUCUACGUAAGUGAAGAGAGAGAGAGAGUCUGUGGGUGUUGACCCAGCGCACGGAGCGGUCGAUCCGGCGAGAGAAGAAACGUAGAAUUUUAUUAUCCCAAUAAAAGAACUGACUAUGCAGUAACCGACGUAUAGUUCUGCGCAAAGAGAUGUUUGGCCGGCCUGAACUAUAUGGAAGAAACUUUGUAAAAAUAAAAAAAAGAACUUGUACAUAGCCGUGAGUUUAAACACGCGCACACACACACACACACACGCACGCCCACGCGCGCCCACGGGACAGAAAACGCGGCGAAGCGGAACCACGCAGACACAGAAAAGCUUUUCUUGGUGUUUUUAGUCUGAAAGAGCUUUUAGCAAGAUUGUCCUUUCUCCAUUGUGGUCUGUAUGUAUGUAAAUAUAAAUAUAUCUAUAUAUACA